CGGGGUCGUAUCUUUUCAGGCAUAUUUUACGUAUUAUUUAUUGUACCUCCGCACCCGGCAUCGCAACGGAAAGUCGAAUUCAUAUUGUUUCGGACAAUGACAUGCACUCACUCCUAAAUCCUGCGUGAGCACACCGCCAUAGGGCGCUGUCUCUUUUUGUUUUGUUGUUGUUCAGUGCUUUUAAAAAUCCUUGUUAUUCUCAGCGUUGUAUAGAGCUGCGGUUUUGAGCCUAGGGCCUGCAGUAAUGUAAUAUGUUUCAGCGUCAACAAAAUUAAGGAGUGAGGUGUAUACCAAAAAAAGAAAGAGAAAAAAUAAAUGGUGAGGUUGGAGCGAUAAACUACCCGCGAAAAUAAGAGAAAAAGCUAAAAAGUUCGUUUCGAACAGAUCCACCCGAAAAAAUAAAAUAAAAUAAAAAAUAAAAACAAAUUGUGCCGCUGUAAUGAAAACCGGUAAAAUACGCCGAAUUUGGCGAAAAUAAAGAUAGUCGACGCUGAACCUCAAUUAGAGAUACGGAUAUAUGCCUCGCAUCUUUCUGUUUAUUUAGUCUAUUGAACUGUGUAAUGAACAUUUCGGAUGUAAAGUAUCUCGCAGCCGUACUCACAUGCAGUAGUCCUAUCAAUAUGUUGUUUUUCAUGCUGCAGUCUACGGUAAACACCGCGAAAACAGUUAACAGGGGAUGUCAGCAGCGCGAAAAUAGGCGUGAACCGCUGGGCGGGUCCCAGAGUGCUUGUUUUGCUACGCGCGCUGAAAGCAAGCACUGCCUGCCUCUGAGAAACACGAUAGCGACGAGGCGAAACAGUCAGGAAUGAUCGAGUGCGGCAGCUCCGUACGCUGUUCCUAGAAAAGCUGCGUUGGUGUGACUCAGACUUUGUUAUCACUUGCGCUGCUCUUUUUCUUUGAGCCAGCUUCCGUCGUUAUAAAGUGGCUUAUACGAUGACUCUUGACCUAUUCUCCAACACGUUGUCGCUAAUGUGUGCAAAAACGCUUCUGGUCUGCUUACUUGAAGUCCUAUUUUAAGCAUUCAUAAUUGCAGUUAUCAUUCCCACUUACUGUUCGGACCGCGCAUUCUACACGGCGUAUGACAGCGGAGCGCAUCUUUGCACCACCGUUUGCAGUAUACUCAAGAAAGUGUGGCGCGUUCUCACAGGAAUCAUUCAGGAAAAGGAAACCCCAUCGGAGGUGCUUUCCUGCUACGCAGCGGCGCCAUAUAGAUUUGUUGUUUUUCGAACGAUCCAUACUGAAUGUGUGCCGGAUGUAACGAGAAGAACCCCAGGGCGAUGAGAAAUGUUGCCAGCGGAUUACUACUGGCCCUGUCUCUGUGUGCCGCUGCGGUUCCUGGCGAUGCCCUGCCAUCCACCUGCCGUCCCGAGUACCGGGACCUACCGGGUGGCCUGGUGCACACGGCCUGCAAGCCUCCCAACCCAAACUGCAUCUUCGUCUCGACGGGACUCAGCGCGGCUGAGAAAGCCGAAGUGCUCAAGGCCCACAACGACUACCGAUCGCAGGUGGCACAAGGACGACUCCCGGGGUUUCCUGCGGCUACGAACAUGUACCGAUUGAAAUGGGACGACGAGCUUGCGCAGGUCGCCCAAGCUUUCACCAACUUGUGCGACGACAGGCACGAUAAGGAAGCGCAGCGAAGAACAUCGAAGUUUCCCAAAGUGGGUCAGAACAUCGCAUUGAAUUACGAGCCGAGGGAGACUCAAGUCGUCGACAGCGCAGGCCGCGUGAAAGAUUGGUUCGAAGAGUACAAAGACUUCAAAGCGCGCAACGUCGAUCCUUUUCGUGUUGACUCUGGGCCUGUGGUCACGCAUUUUACGCAGGUAGCCUGGGCGGAAACACGGUACUUGGGCUGUGGUUACACGCACUACAAGCUUCGCGAUGACAACGAUCCCAGGCUCCCCUUUAAAAAGCUUUUCGUCUGCCACUAUGCGCCAGGUGGCAAUGUCAUUCGUAGAUCCAUGUACAAGAGAGGUUCAGCCUGCAGUGCGUGCCCAGAAGGAACAACGUGUGACGCGGCCACCGGGCUAUGCACGGAGGACAACAUCCGCUACAAGCAAACACAAGAGCAACCUCCACAUGAAAAUAUAACCACGAUGGAACCUAUAACGAAGUCGGAGGAAAACAUCCGCUACAAGCAAACACAAGAGCAACCUCCAUACGAAAAUGUAACCACGAUGGAACCUAUAACUACGACGAAGGACAACGUCCGCUACAAGCAAACACAAGAGCAACCUCCAUAUGAAAAUAUAACCACGAUGGCAUCUAUAACAAAGACGGACGAAAAGGUCACCUUACAGACUGACGAAACGCAACCUCAACAUGAUAAUAUUACCAAGGUGGAACCUACAACCGAGUACACGCCCGGAGACUCGGACGGCUUGAGCGGAUCGGACAGUGGUGGCGGUGGCGGUUCACCGUGGGGGAUACUGGCGUUCUUCCUCCUGGGCAUAUUUGCCACGGCAGCAGUUGCAUUUGGACUGCUUUACGUGCGCUGGGCAACUGCCGCGUCAGCCAACUCUGCUCAAGAGCCCUGCGCAGUUUAGCGAGUAACGGCACAAAUGAAAACCACACCGGGCACCUGACGCUCCUAAAGUUAGGCGUAUUCACUUUCUUGCAGCUUCUUGUGACCUGUAUUCAAAUCAUCGAAAAAUAUUUAAAUAUUGCUCGGCUCUCUGCAAUAUGGUGUGUACGAUAUUGCAAGCAUGGUUCAACACUGCGAUUCUGCUCAGGAAGAGACCAGAAACUGCCAUCUGCCCAAGGGCUUGAUUAUACGACUGGUGCUAAAGAUCAACGCCUAUGACAUUGACAGCGUCAUUCAGGAGGCACAAUCAUUCCGUGCUUGACUAACCCACAUCCUUCACUGAAUAAAGACUUCGCCUCAACCA